CGGGUGCGCGUCCGGGGCAGCCCCACGCCCCUGCCUCGCGCGUUGUCUGCACCAUGAAGCACAUCCCAGUCCUCGAGGACGGGCCGUGGAAGACCGUGUGCGUGAAGGAGCUGAAUGGUCUCAAGAAACUCAAGCGGAAAGGCAAGGAGCCGGCGCGGCGCGCGAAUGGCUAUAAAACUUUCCGAUUGGACUUGGAAGCUCCUGAGCCCGGCGCGGUCGCCACCAACGGGCUUCGGGACAGGACCCAACGGCUACAGCCGGUCCCAGUGCCAGCCCCAGCGGCGCCGGUUGUUCCCCAAAGUGGGGGCGCGGACAUAAACCGGGAGCGUGGGGGCUCCCGGGCGCCCGAAGUCUCGGACGCGCGGAGACGCGGUUUUGCUCUGGGCGCAGUGGGGCCGGGACUCCCCACGCCGCCACCGCCGCCGGCACCGCAGGGCCAAAUACCUGCGGGUCCCGAGGCACAGCCUUUCCGGGAGCUCGGCCUGCGUCCCCGCAUCUUACUGUGCGCACCACCCGCACGCCCUGCGCCUCCAGCUCCCCCAGCGCCUCCAGCGCCCCCAGAUGCUGUAGUGCGCCCUGCGCCCCCCACGCGCCCGGGGGAAAGUUCCUACUCUUCAAUUUCACACGUAAUUUACAAUAACCACCCGGAUUCCUCCGCGUCGCCUAGGAAACGGCCAGGCGAAGCGACUGCCGCCUCCUCCGAGAUCAAAGCCCUGCAGCAGACCCGGAGGCUCCUGGCGAACGCCAGGGAGCGGACUCGGGUGCACACCAUCAGCGCAGCCUUCGAGGCACUCAGGAAGCAGGUGCCAUGCUACUCGUAUGGGCAGAAGCUGUCCAAACUGGCCAUCCUGAGGAUCGCCUGUAACUACAUCUUGUCCCUGGCACGGCUAGCCGACCUCGACUAUAGUGCAGACCAUAGCAACCUCAGCUUCUCCGAGUGUGUGCAGCGCUGCACCCGUACCCUGCAGGCCGAGGGACGUGCCAAGAAGCGCAAGGAGUGACUGGCCAUGGGCUAGACUGAGGAAACUGCUAUGGGCCCUCUUUCCAGUCAGGCCAGAGGAGAAGGUGAGCUCGCCAAGUCCAGCCUGGUCAUCUUUUCCAAGAUGCCUCCGAGAUGCUCAGCCCACUGCCUCUCAAGGUCAGACAAGAGCAUGCCUGCCUCCCUCUGGCCCUCCGCUCUCACCCUGCCACACCACUCUGAGGUUACUGCGCACUUUGCCCUCCGCCUGGGGAAGAGGGGAGAGCUCAGUCUCCCCCUUGCUCAGGGCCGAUGGCCCACCGUCCAGCUGCAGAAAUCCAUUGCCAAAGAUUCAACAGAGACUCUGAAGAACAUGGGGUGAUAAAACCCCAAAGUGAAAAGCCACACCAUUAUUCUGAAUUCUGCCUCUCCUAUGGCCCAAGUCCCAUGUCAAGCCAAGGACAAGUCAGCAAUUCCACAAGGAACUAUGGAAAGGAUGGCCAAGUGACCUCUGGAAGCCCAUGACCCAGACCUGGUGCACUCUGCACUGGGUCAUGCACCAUCUAGGUGCGAGAUAAGCCUGGAGGCUGGCACAGAGAGCCUGGGGGUCCUUGGGAGGGGUGGGAGUAGGGCCUGAGGUCCCUGCCCCUCUCUCCCACCCACAGGCUGCCUGGGCACUGGGCCUUUAUUCCCAUUGUUCCCCUCUGAGCCUUACGAGAAGGGAGUAAGGGCAGAAUAAAGCAAUAUGACCCCAUCCCCACCUGCGGACUUGUCCCAGGGCACUGCCCAAGGGUCCUUGCUCCCCCAGCUGCCACUUCUUGCCAGGGCCCACACUCGUGGCUGGGCAAACAAGAUGGCACCCCAUUUGGCAGCCAAUAUCUGCCACAGGUUAUACAGGAGGGGCCAAAGGAGGAGGGGACAGGGCAUGGGUCAGUAUGUGGGAAGGGGGAUGUACAAAGCCAAGGCCUGCUCCUUCCUGUGCUCAGAAGGCCAAAGCUGUUCACAUCUGUGCUCAAUCAUCUGCUUCAAAUUGAAGUAAAAGCCCCAACAUAUAAAGAAAAUACUUGU